ACAGGUGUUGAUUUGCACUUGGCAAAGCUUUGCCUUGUUUAUGUCCAGGCAAAGGAAACUGCGUGGCGUGCCAAUUGUUCUGUAAGCACAGGUCUUAAGGCCUGUCAAAAGGCAGCCUUGGCCACGAGCCAUGCCGGAUAGUUCCAUGUGUCGAGGAAAAGUUGUUCCUUCACGUCUUAUCCCAUCAAUGAGCCCAGUUCCAUGGCUCCGAUACCUGCAGACGACGUACUGUUAUGCGUACGCAUUGGCAAAGUCAGACGACUGGGCCCAGGGUCUGUGACUUCAGCCAUCGAGAAGUCCCCAUGCGAGGGCAGGGUGUAUGUCAGCGAGCAGGGUAUAACCGGCGACGAACAGGCGUACGAGCAUCACGGUGGAUUUGAUAAAGCUCUCCAUCAAUACUGUGCUCGUCAUUACAAGUUCUGGAAGCUCGAGGUCCCCGAGCGGGCACACUUGUUCGACAUAGGUGGAUAUGGGGAGAAUAUCUCAGCCAACUCUUUCGAUGAGGCCAACACCUGCAUCGGCGACAUCAUUGAAAUCGGCACGGAAGGCGUUCUAGUCCAAGUCAGUGAGCCCCGACAGCCAUGUUUCAAACUCAACCGUCGGUUUGAAUUUGCGCAAGCUUCGGUCCGAACGCAGACGACCCGAAGGACAGGGUGGUAUUUGCGCGUCUUGAAACCUGGCUUCAUACAGGCGGGGGACAAGAUUCGAUUAGUGAAUCGCAUCAAUCCGGAAUGGUCUAUUAGUCGAGUCGGACAGUUUCUUUGGGAAGACCGCAAGAAUGUCGAGGCAUUGAGGGUUCUCAGCGACCUGCCUGGGCUAGGCAAGGAGAUUGCGCAGGUAUUUCGGCAACGACUCGCCACCCAAGAAGAAGAGGAUAUGCAGUUUCGUCUCAACGGAGAAGCGUCGAUGUGGGCGGAGACGACUCAGGGGCGAGCAAUCGGGACAGCCGCCGUGGUCAUUCUUGCGAAAGUGUUUCUGUUAGUUGGGAUUGUGUUUGGGCUAUGGUUGCGACUUAGGAUGAUGGCUGUUGGGUUAAGCGCAGACUCUGAUAGUUGUACCAUUCCGGAACUCUAAGGAACUCGAGAAAAUAUGUCCAAUCAAGAUUUGAUGGGUGGCUUAAAGAGGAUAUGGAUGCCAUUG